AUGGCAUUCUUACAACAGGUUGAAGACAUUGCAUGUGUUGGUGCAGGUUAUGUGGGUGGCCCAACGUGUGCCAUGAUUGCUUACAAAUGCCCGGAAAUACGCGUAACUGUUGUUGAUAUGAAUGCGGAGAAAAUCAAGCAGUGGAACUCGGAUCAUUUGCCGAUCUAUGAGCCUGGACUUGAGGAAAUUGUUAAAUCGUGUCGUGGAAGAAAUCUGUUCUUUUCGGACGAUAUACCAAAGGCAAUUCGAAAUGCGCAGCUCAUCUUCAUGUCUGUUAAUACACCAACCAAAACGUAUGGAAGAGGAAAAGCAAGUUCUGGAAUUUGUUCCCUUCGAACUUUCAUUUAA